AUGGACCCAGGCAGAACCAUGUGGCUGGGAACCCCACCUCAGCACCGCAGGCAAGGGGGUCGUGCCAACUCGGCCUGCACCGAGAGGUCCUUGAGAGCAGCAAGUGCUUCGUAUUCCUCCAAAAGAGCUCCCACUUCCAAAGGACCCCAAUCUGCCACAAGUUCUCGUAGUACACGUCCAUGGUCACAAGCUUUAGAGGACCGCCGACGGCGAAAAGAUUGGAUUGGGUUCCAUCAUGAUCGGAGCUAUCAUUUCGGGUCCAAUUUGGGUGUUGGUGCACAUUCAAGAUUAUCAGAAGAGAGAUUAAACAUGUUUGUGACGGUGAUUGUGGACAUUAGUUGCUCUUGUAAUUAUUUCGUAUGUGAUGUAUAGAAAUUGUUAAAUAAAUUAUAAUGGUGUACAAGUGUUAAGUUUGAUUGCUUUGGAGAACAAGCAUACUGGCAACAUCCCUUAAUUUAUAUUACACUAAUUUUAAUAGUGGUUGUUAAAUAAAUUAUUUAUAAUACUGUUAAUUUUGUGUGUUUUUCCUAUAGUAAGGUUAUGAAGGGAGAGAGGAAAGAUAACAUGUAUUGUGACAUUGGUUUAUUUCAUUGAAGCAAUUAAUGAAUAAAUACAUUUAUUUGGAGUAAUUUUUUCAUUAGAGAUGCAUUGUAGUUACUUUUCAGACUUAUUACAGACCACACUAGAAUGGAAUAAUGAAACUGUACAAGCUCUAAGGGUAGUAGAAGCAUUGUGAUCAAAAUGUGAAAUUCCAAAUGUAAUUGAUCACAAGAGAGCAGGAUUUAAAACUUACAUUAAAAAUGAACACAUUUCUCUAAUUUAGUAAACUUUGAGUAGAAAUAUGACUGUCGGGAAAGGUAUAAUACCAAAGCUUGUGGAUUAAAUCUGAGCAAUGUAAGAAAAGUUUUAAGGGGAGGUAAUGACGUUGCAGAGAAAUGGAGAUUUUCUGCUAAAAGGAAAUACAGCAUUUUCAGUUCCCAAAUCACUUAGCUUGCAGCAAUUUUUUUAUUAGAAGAGAGAAUUUUCUCUUGGUCAUACUGAAGUUUAAUAUUGCAAACUUUGUUGUGCCAAUAAUGGUUAAGAGUAAAGAUUAUUAUUAGAUACUUGUGUGUAUAUUACUUAUUAAAAUAUUAGUUUUUUGCUGGUGCACAAUUACACAACUUUCACUUCUUAUGAAGAAUUCAUCAGGCAAGAAAGUAAAAAGAUAAAUCAUUUUUGAGCUGGUGUCUGUCUUCUGUAAUUCAGUUACAUAAUUUUGUAUCUUGAGAUGUGAAUAGGUAUAUUAUAGAAGGCAGAUGUAUAGUACAUCUUAAUCAAUGAAUACAAAAUUUGCUUGCUUGUCUUCUAUGCAGAAAUUAAAAGAUAUACAAUUAAAAAUAAAGAAAGAAAAAUAGUUGGUAUGCUCAUGAGUUGUCAAAUACUCAACCAAAAGAGCAAUGGGACUACUGUACCCUAAGACUCACUUCAAAUACUGUUGUAAGUUAUUACUAAGAUAUCAGACAUAAUAGUUCACAAAAAAUCAGCUGCCACCAUUAUCAAUAAUUAAUCAUAUAGCAAUCACAUUUUACAUAAACUAGAAUGAUGAAGAAUGUUGAAUUACAUUGGAAGGAUUGAAGGUUUCAUUCUUUUCUAGGUAAUAUUCAUUACCUAGAAAUUUGGAAAGAAAAUGUAUGAAAAGCAUGAAAAAUUAAUGGAAAAUUGUGGGAUUAUAACAGUUUUCAAUAUGUCAAAGUUCCAGAGAAAUUAAGAUAAACUAAAUCAAAUCCAGUAACAAAAAUCUCAUGAGAUACCAAGCAAGUUAUAGGACAAGAACACUUGAAAGUAUUUUCAUUGAUGAAUAUUUACAAGUCAUUUUAUCACAAAACUUGUACACUUACAAUACGGAUCAAAUACGAUCACUUGCUUUCAAUACCUAGAUGAAUUCAAAUUCAACUAUGAAUAUCAAAUGUGAAAACAUUUUUUUAAAUGCUACAUUCGAAAUAAUGUAUUUUAUUUUUGUUAAAUUUACAUUUAGCUUGAUUUAUAUUAAUUUGUGAACACGUUUAUAUUUUUUUGUUUAAGUGAAGAGUAUUACUAAUGUUUAUAGUUAAAAUAUUAUGCAGUUAACUUAAUUUGCCACUUAAAAACUUGUUAUGUAAUAAAAAUUAUGGAAACUUGCACAUCUUAUUUAGUUUAUUAGAUAAAAUAAUCCAAAGUUAAGUCUUUUUCUAAAGUUCAAUUAGCGCUAGAAGUUGCUUCUAUUGAUUUGUUAAUAAAUAAGUUGGUAUAUUUUUUUAUUAUUGACAGUUCGUAAAAACAGUUCAAUUAGGGAAAAAUUUGACAGAAAUUAAGGAGAAAUGCUUUGUUUUAAAUUAGUUAUUUCAAUUGAUUUAAAUAAUUGAUAGGCUACUCUUCGGGGAAAAACAGUAUUAUUAAUGAAUUAAUGACUGAUAAAUCGAAAAUCAAGUUUUCUGACAAUUACAAUGUUUAAUUUAUGUACAAUUAUUUUUAUUAUGUACAAUUUAUUUCUGAAGCCAACUGUGUAAUGUGGUAAAUAUACAUUGUCAUAUAGUCAAUAUCAUUAUUACAUCAGUAUGUACUGAGAUCUGUAUGUAACUUAUCAUAAUUGGGAUCUUUGUUAAUGAGUUAAAGACUUGACAUGAACUAACUUCAUUAUACAAGGUGGAACAACUAAGUGUUGACACACCUUGUAUCUCCUCAACCUUGCAAGAUACAAAGAUGCUGUUAGGACAGUCGAUUGCAAAAAAGAGGGGCUACUUGAUUACACCUUACUUUGCACACUUUUUUAUUACGAAGAUAUAAGGUCAACAUUGCUUUGUUUUUUAAUGAAACCCUAAGCUAAAUUUGAGCGUAUUGUAAUGUGCAUAACAAUGCGAUUUCAAAUGUGUACAUCUGCGUAUGUAAGUGAAUCAAGUUUUAGAAAGUCAUUUAUUUGAGCACAAUUCAACUACUUUCUUUGAUAUUAAUUUUGCC